CAUCACUCUCAUGUAAGUAAAACAUGGUUUGUAGAGAUGAAUCAGAGAUCAUCACAGAACUGGGAAAUGUUCCUGAUGCUUCAGCCAGAAGUGUCACCCUGAAGAGUUACACUGACCCUGCAGGGACUGGGGGAAAUCUGUUCCGGCUUGUUUUCCUGAGCUUUGGAAUCUUGUGUAUCCUUCAAGCUUCUCUCAACAUUUCACUGCGUCUCACUCUCUAUAAGACAGUCGACACUGAGGCCAUUUUAAGGAACGUGACUGAAGAGAGAGACGAGUUAAAGAGGAUGCUGGCUGUCUUAGGAUGGGUGUAUUUCAGCAACAGUUUCUAUUACAUUUCCUCAUCGAAGGAAUCCUGGCAGGACAGCAGAAGUUACUGUCAGCAGAGAGACGCAGACCUGCUGAUCAUCAACAGCAUAGAAGAGCAGGAAUUCACAAGACGUUUCCAAAAGCCCAUCUGGAUUGGACUGACUGACCGAGACACAGAGGGAGUGUGGAAAUGGGUGGAUGGGAGUCCGCUGACCACAAGACGCUGGCUCCGUAACUCACCAAACUCUAAAGACAACAAGUGA